CUGAACACUAACCUGACUUGAUGUGAUUGAGAGGGGGAUCAACGCUGACUGUCGACUGACUCAUGACUCUAUCAUCACAUCCAAGCCAUGUCUUACAUCCCUCGGAACAGAUUCCAGGCAAGCGAUUGUCUUGAAGGCCAUGUAUUGAUCGGUGUAUUCCUAAGCGUGUCAAGUAUAGUCGUGCUAUGCCUGACCAGCUUUUCGAUCCCUUACAUCAAGAACAUCUUCUUCCUCUCCACGUCUACAGGAUACAAAUACGGGACCCUAGGGUAUUGUCAGUUUGGAUCUUGUUCAAGGAGGAGAAUAGGGUACGAGACCGGCAGGGAAAUCAUCCAUUGGUUGACACAGACGUUGGUUCUAUUUCCCAUCGCCGCUCUGCUCAUAUUCUUGGGUCUGUGGGGUCUCGUAUGGUCCCUCUGGGGUCCAUCUAAAAAUUCGAUCUGGUUCAGGAUUCCGACGGCCGUUGGUGCACUCACCGCACUCGUAGCGGAAAUCUUUGCCCUCGUCCUCUUCGUCACUGCUCGUAACAGGUUUCACGAGUCAGCUAUCGACACGGCUUACGGGCCAGCUCUAUGGCUUGGCAUUGCAGGAUUCAUCUGCGCCGCCACCAGUGCCUUCUUCUGUGGCCCACCUUACACCGCUCGGUACAUGUACCGGGCGCAUAGGGACUACCCGACGAGAUAUUAGGCUGAGAUGAGGUUAUUUUCAGGCAGUGGAAAUGGAUUUCUUGGGCAUACACGACCGGGACAAGAAAAGUGGACAACAUACUGAAG